CACGGGGUCCCGGUCCCGCCCGCCGCAGCGCACCGGUGUGUUCGGUGGAGCCGAGGCGCAGCUCCGGGCCUGCGGGAACUCUCGGUGCGGAGCAGCUCGGCGAGCGGCGGCCCGCUCGCUCGGUGCAUUACCCGCCGAAACGGGGGCGUGGAGGCUCCGUUUGGCCGCUGCCCGCCCGUUACCGGCGAGAGAAACGAAACGAAACGAAGGAAAACGAAAGAAAAAGCCGAACGGGCCGUGUUACAUCUCCAUACCCCCGCGCCGCGCCGCCGCGGCCCCCGGUCGCCCGCCGACCGCGACCCGGCCCCAUUCACCUGGGCCGGGCGUUGGCGGGGCGCUGCGUCCGAUUCGGACACGGCGGAGUAACGCGCGGUCCCCGGGAGGGAGCGGAGCACGGCGCUGCGGGGAGACCGUGCGGGCGGGACGGGACGCGGCAGCGCAGAGUGUGUGCGGGAGCACUGGGCAGCUGCGGGGGUCCGGAAUACACGGAGGGCGUCGGGUUCGUGUAGGUCGCACGGCUACUGCCCGCCCGGACGCCGCGUACUCGGCAGCGGGGCACUCGCGGGCCCGCCCGUGAUCUCCCCGAGCCGUGUGCGGAACGGGAUCGGCGGGGCGCGCCGGGCGGGGGGUCCCUACCUACCUACACGUGCUUAGCACUGGGAGACGCGGCGGCGGCGGCCGCGGCUCUCUCCGGGGUCCCCGACCCCCGCGCCCUCGGGCUCAGCCCCGUCGGGCGGGUGCCGGGCCGGCGGGGCGCGCUCCGGGGAAGCGGCCUCCCCAGCGCAGCCUUAAUACAUUGCUAUUUCUGGCCGGGCGGCCGGAGUCGGGCAGGGGGCCGGCUCUGCCUCCCCCUCCCUCCAAUGGCGAGGCCGCCCCCGGCCCCCGGCCCCUCCUCGCCGUGACGUGCCGGCCCGGGGCAGAGGAGGCUCCCGAGCCCUUGGCUGUCCCUGCAGAAGCUGUAACAAAACGCAGACCCCCCAGCGCCGGGCUAAUGGAGGCAACUUAGACAGGAGCAGGCGCGGCCCCUCGUCUCUCGGCGCUGCCCGCUCCCCGCGCACCGGGUGCGGCGCUCCCCGCCGAGCCGCAGCCCGAGCGCCGCCGGGCCCCCGGGACUCCCCGGCCGCUCGCGCUGCCCCGAUGAUGUUACCGAGCCCCGUCACCUCCACCCCCUUCUCUGUCAAAGACAUCCUCAACCUGGAGCAGCAGCAGCAGGAUCCGCACUAUGGGGCCCAGCUCCCGCACCACCUGGAGCACCACUUUCACCCCGCCGCCUGCCUGCUGGCGGCCGCCGACGGCGCCCGCUUCUCCGACGGCGAGGAGGAAGAGGAGGAGGAGAAGCUGUCCUACCUGAGCUCCGUGGCAACGCCCGGCGGCCAGGCGGACGCGCGGCUCUCCGCCGACAGCUACGUGCACGCCGUGCUGCGCGGCUCCUGCGACGCUCCCGGCCCGGGAGAGGAGCUGGAUCCCACGGCCCGCGACCCGAAGAGCUGCGCCCUGAAGAAACCGCUGGACGCCGCGGAGAAGCCGGAGGAGGCGGAGAGGCCGAAGCAGCGGAGUCGGAGGAAGCCGCGCGUCCUCUUCUCGCAGGCGCAGGUCUACGAGCUGGAGCGGCGGUUCAAGCAGCAGAAAUACCUCUCGGCUCCGGAGCGGGAGCACCUGGCCAGCCUCCUCCAGCUCACCUCCACGCAGGUGAAGAUCUGGUUCCAGAACCGACGCUACAAGUGCAAAAGGCAGCGGCAGGAUAGAUCCCUGGAGAUGGGCGGCCCCGCGGCCCCGCCGCCGCCGCGCAGGGUGGCCGUGCCCGUGCUGGUCCGCGACGGCAAGCCGUGCUUGGGCGGCUCGCAGGGCUACGGCUCGGCGUACAACGGGCCCUACUCCUACAACGGCUUCCCCGCCUACGGCUACGGCAACGCCGCCUCCUACAACGCCGGCUACGGCUGCACCUACCCGGCGGGCAGCGGCGGAGCUUCGGUGCAAGCCGCCUGCAGCCCGGCGGCGGCCGCCGGCCCCUUCGUGAACAUGGGCGGCCUGGGGGGCUUCGGCGGCGGCGGGCAGGCGUUACACCAGGCGGCGGCGGGGCCCUCCUGCAGCCAGGGCGCACUGCAGGGCAUCCGGGCCUGGUAGCCCGCACGCACUCAGGGCCGGGAGCGGACCGGCACGACGGCCCCGCGGCCCCGCAGCGCCCUUACGCCCCGCGGACUGAAGGCGGAGGGGCGGCGCGGCGGGACCCCGGCUCUCUCCCAGGGCCGCGGGGCGGAGCGGAGCGGCGGAACGAAACGGAACGGGACCGGACGGGACAGGACGGGCCGAGCCCGCGGCGGAGCGCCGCCGCCCCGAGGUGCCGCCGCGACGGGCGGGACGGAGCUGACCGCGCCGCGCCAUCGGAGCAGCUUCGCUUGUAAAAAGCCGACGGCUGGGCCCGGGGCUCCCGCGGCCCUUCUCUUUAUCUACUCUGUAUCGGUUUCUGCCAGCGCCAGCUCGCGGAGUCAGUCAAUAAACCAGGUGCAAUAUCC